UUGUCUGCUGAACGCAUGGUUUGAAAAGAUGAAUAUAUUUCUUUUAAAACAAAAAUUCUGGAAAAGGUACUGAUAAUUGGCAAAUAAAUGGUAACGGCAUCGCAAAUGGUAGAAGGAACCGUUUUGUCCCGAAUUUCUGCUUUAUUUUAGCUGUGUGCCUGCCCUUGUGCGCGCAUGCGAGAGGGAUAACGAUCGAGAACAGGGAAGGACAAACCAUGGAAGAGGAGAAAAAAGAAGUGGAAGAAGGGCCACCGCCCGGAUGGCAGUCCAUCCCUCCUCCAGGAUCAUCGCAACCUCCGCCUGCGCCCCUGCAGCAGCCUCCAUCUUCAGAAAUGGCUCAAAUGGUUUGUGGUUCUUGUCGAAGUCUGCUUUCAUAUCCAAGAGGAGCCAGACAUGUUCAAUGUUCAUGUUGUCAGAUGGUUAACUUUGUGUUAGAAGCACAUGAGGUCGGGCAAGUUAAUUGUGGUAGAUGUGCAGUAUUGCUGAUGUACCCUUAUGGAGCUUCAUCAGUUCGAUGUUCCUCCUGCCAUUUCGUAACAGAAAUUGGAGUUCACAACAGGAGACCGCCAUGGUCUGUAAUCCAAGGAUACCAUCCCCCGCCUUCAAACCCCGUUUGGUGAGUGGGCUUCACCGGGUUCUCAUCCUUGCCGCUGCAGAUGUGUUGCCCAUCACUGGACAGUAAUUAUUUCUGUAGGUGAUAGUGAUACAGUCCUCGGCCAGAAUAUGGCUUGUCUGAGAUGACUUAUUUGGUUGUGCAUGAACUAGUGGACUAGUGCGGAGAUACUACCGAAUUCUGAUAGCAAGGGUGAGCCAUUUUCGAAACUGAUUAAGUGAUUAGGAAUGGGGCUGUCAUCACACCAACUAUUUCUUAUCAAAUCCAUCUUUGUUAGAAAGGAAGCU